AUGCCGCUGUUCGGGCUGUACGUGCAGGCCGCCAGCCUCGUCGCCAUGAGGCUCGGCCCGACGAUCCAGGGGGCGCUGAGCGCGCUCCGCCUGCAGGGGCCCGGCCUUCGAGGGGCGCAACUCGACGGCGUGGCCCGGAUCGACUUCCCGGCCGAAACGAACUGGGUCCUGGACGUCAAGAACCCCGCCGGCGACGAGGUGCGGGAAAGAAUAACGGUCAACUCCGUGGAGGAGUACGACAUUCCGAACAGCAAAGGCACGGCGAACUUUUUGGUGAAGUGGGAGGGCGCGAAGUCUUCUUCCUCGAUGAGCGUGUUCACACCCACGAGGGCGUCGGAGGUGAAGGAGCUGAAGGGCAAGGCUGGCAACACCCUCGGCUCGUACACCUCGGAGCAGGCCGGGCAGUCCGUGCUCGUGGCCAUCUUCGACUGCCGCGGCAUCGAGCCCAUCCUCUGGCAUCCAGAGGGCCCCUUCACGGUGACCUCCGAGGUCGGCGACGGGAAGUGGGAGGUCUUCGAGAGAGGCCUGCGGGACGGCGGGAGCCUGGCAGAGGCGGCCCCGAGUGCAGACGGGGCAGAGGGCCGAGGGGGAGCCGACUGA